AUGAGCGUGAACGUUGCAAGUGAGGCCGUAUCGAUGAUCGAACAACAGAAGGAUAUUGGACUUGUCAUAGCCAACAUUGAAAUGGCUCACGUAGACUCACAUUCCUUCCUAAAUGCUUUGCUCCACAAAGAAAUUCCUCUUAUACUGAUUAGUCCGGAAAUUAACACCAAGGAAGCAUCAGAUCUUUUGACCAAAACAGCAUGCUUUUUCCUGAAGAAGCCGAUUUCUGAAAAUGACAUUAACAACAUGUGGCAGCAUGUGGUGUCUAAGAAGAGCCAAGCCCUAGAGAAAAUCAGCAUUGCUGAACAACAAGAGAAAGUCACGGACAACAGUGCAUUAAAUAAGAUUGAAGCUUUCAGAGAAACCAUUAAAAGGCAAGGAACAAGUCAAUCAUCAUUGUUAGGAAAACGACCGUUCAUCAACAUAUUCACAACCCCUGAAACAUAUCAAAAGAGAAAAAUCAUAGCAAAUGAUGAGACUGAGAAGAAGGGAGAAGAAGAAAGGAAAUUGGAGAGUAAUAUUGGGAGACGAUGUUACAUAUGGACUCAUGAGCGUCACUUGAGAUUUUUAGCUGCUAUUUCCAUCUUGGGUGACAAAAAUUGUCGUCCCAAAGCCAUAUUGAAAAUUAUGAAUGACCCAAACUUGAGUCAUCGCCAAGUCAGUAGCCACCUUCAGAGAUACAAAUCUCAAGUUCAACGAAUUAACGAUAUACUGCCGAAAUAUGAAUGUCGAUCAAGAGAUAAAACAUGUGUCUACCCUCCAGAUUAUAAAUACCCUUUCAAUGUAUCCGACUUAGCGAAGAAUCUCAUUCAAAGUAACACUUUGUGGCAUUCCCUGAGAAAGAAAAAGUCCUCAUCAUCAUCCAUUUCGGAAUGCAAUGCUACCGUGGAGACGCCAAAGUUUCAUCUAGGCGGGAAACUGGAUCUGAGUAAUCAUUCAGAUUUUUGUAACAUACUGAACAAGCCAUCCAUGAAAGUCCAUUCUGUUCCUUCAGCCACAAGUAAGAACCCAUCUUCCAUUAUUCCUCCUUCUACCAAUAGUGGCUUAAGUAGCAACAACCCUCCUCUCCUUUCUGGUAUACCAUCAAGUGUUGGUGCAUCUAGCUCUAGUUUUGAAACCAGCAUGAACCAACUAGAUCUAGACUCUAUUCAUAUACCAGAUUCUUAUGUUCCUCAAAGUGAUCUAUUCAAUAUAGAAGAUGGCUAUUUUCUUCCAGACGAGAUGGACCAGAUGGAUUGGGUUCUACCGGUAGAGAACUACAGUCAUCAUGCAAACAAUAUGAGUCAAAUGGAUUGGAGUCCUUCAACAGAAAAUCAUGUUCUUCCUGAAACCAAUACAAACCAGAUGGCUAGGGUUUCUUCUGGAGGAAAUCCUGUAGGUUUUGUUUCUGGUGAAGCAAGUUAUGAAAUCAUUCCUGAAACCAAUACAAACCAGAUGGAUUGGUCGUUUUCUGAAGAGUGUUUCCGUCUUCUUGAAGAUACAACUCAAGUGGGUUCGGACAACGUGGUUCCUUUUGGUGCUAAUGAUGAUGUUCCGAUCGAUGAUCUGAUCUCUUUUGACCCUGACGUCAACGCUGGGUAUGAUCUAGACGUUUGUAUGGAAAAUUAUGAUUUUAAUGAAAGGAAUAAUCGUUUUCCAACGAGUUAUAUUGGACAUAACUCUGCCUUCAAUACCCCGAUAGACUCAAUCCCUCACGCCACGAUGGAGGAUCAUGAUCAGUCUCUUGGUGUGAAUUUGGGUUCGACAAGCCAGCAACCAUAUAUGAUGGAGUCCUAUGGAUAUCACAAUGUAGAAGCCGCAAAUCCAAGAGAGGCUAUGGAGGGAGUAGAUGGUUUUGAUGAUAUUGAUUCGAUGAGAUGCUGA